UUUUACUCUACCCUUUCCAUUUUUUUUAAAAAAAUAAUUCCCUCGAUUUUUUUAAGUCAAUUAUUACAUACUUAAAAAAAAAAUAUUUUUUUUUUCCUUAAAAAAAAUGAAUGUAAACGAUAAUUAUUUGGUGGAUCUUAUAGAUCGUGAACUUGUCUGUAAGCUCCCUUACGAUAAUAAUGCGCUUUCGGUUGCAGAUUGGGCAAGAAGUCGUAAUAUCGAUAUAUUAAACGGAUUGGGUCUUGUUACAUUAAAUGUCGAAAUUGAAGCUCAGAGACUGAGGUUAAAGGAUCAACGGAUGAUUCAUUUAACAUCAAAAUAUAUUUGGACAUCUUAUAUAACACCUUCUCAAAAAGAGAAAUUUAAAGCUUUAGCUAAAAAAGCCAAUGAUAUAAAUAAUAAUAUAAGACAAAUUAAUGCCGAAAAUUUAAAUAGAAUAUUUCGGUUAAAUACGCAAGAUACAGAUAUUCCCUUAAUAAAUGGGAUUAAUUUUUAUGAUGAUAAUGGGGGUUUCGAAUCAUUGUUUAUGCCUGCCGGAAAUGGUUCUUCAUCAUUUUAGAUAUGAUGAAUUUUUUUUCGUUUUCCUGAAAUCCUUCAUUAAUAUGAUCUCAUGAUCAUUUUUUUCAGUUUUUUUCUAUUAAGAAUUGUUACAUAGAUAUUUUAAAAAGUAAUAGAUAUUUAAAUAGUAACAUAGAUAUUAUUUAAUUAGUAAUAACAAU